GAUUGUACAAUUUCACUCAAUUUUCUCUCAAGCUCAUUACACACUGACACCAGGCUCUCUCUCUCUCUCACAGCUACUUUCCCUCUUUCCCCUUUUAAUGUAAAAACCCAUGAGAAGCCUCAUCGAAACUUCCAACCCCCUAAAAACGAGAGAAAUAAAUCAAGAAAGGAAAAAGAGACUCAAAGUCAAAACUGGGUAGUAGUAAUUUCUCUCUCCACAACACUUCAUUCCCUUUGAUCUCAUUCUUUUCUUUCACUACUUUCUUUCUACCCAGGUUGGAGAACUAAUAUUUGUCAAUAGGACUUCCAAUUUCUGCGACCCAUAUGAGAUAGCCAGAGGAGCCUCGUGCAGUUUGUAUAGGAUCUCGGUGACAUUGGGUUCUGAAUGCCCUCAUUACCAACAGUAAUGCAUGUAUGUGUUUCAGCUUGAAGCGUUGAUCUUGGGGAUUUUCGAGUGUCCAAUAUGGCAGAUACCAGUCCUAGGACAGAUACGUCUACUGAUGCUGAUACGGAAGAUAAAAUGUUUCAAAGCAAUCAAUUACAGGGAAUAGGUGCUUCCGAUGGCAGUGAUAAGUCAAGAGAUCAAAAGACUCUCCGUAGACUUGCUCAAAAUCGUGAAGCUGCAAGGAAAAGCCGUUUGAGAAAAAAGGCCUAUGUUCAGCAGCUAGAAAGCAGCAGAAUGAAAUUGACACAACUUGAGCAAGAGCUUCAACGAGCUAGACAGCAGGGGAUAUUUAUUUCAAGUUCAGGAGAUCAAUCUCAAUCUAUUGGUGGAAAUGGUGCCUUGGCCUUUGAUGUUGAGUAUGCGAGGUGGCUGGAGGAGCAUAACAAGCGGAUUAACGAGCUUCGAGGCGCUGUCAAUUCACAUGCGGGUGAUGGUGAACUCCGCAUAAUUGUUGACGGCAUUGUGUCACAUUAUGAUGACAUCUUUAGGAUUAAAGGUGAUGCUGCAAAGGCCGACGUCUUUCACAUCUUGUCAGGCAUGUGGAAGACACCUGCUGAAAGAUGCUUCCUCUGGCUUGGUGGUUUCCGUUCGUCUGAACUUCUUAAGCUACUAAUUAAUCAGUUAGAGCCAUUGACUGAACAGCAGUUAUUGGCCAUCAACAACUUGCAACAAUCGUCUCAACAAGCCGAAGAUGCUCUAUCUCAAGGAAUGGAAGCAUUGCAGCAGUCGUUGGCUGAGACAUUAGCUGGUUCCCUCGGUCCAACGGGUUCAUCUGGAAAUGUUGCCAAUUACAUGGGGCAAAUGGCGAUGGCUAUGGGGAAGUUAGGAACUCUCGAAGGCUUCAUUCGUCAGGCGGAUAACUUGCGGCAGCAAACCCUCCAACAAAUGCACCGGAUAUUAACAACUCGCCAGUCAGCUCGCGCUCUCUUAGCUAUCAGCGACUACUUCUCCCGUCUGCGGGCCCUGAGCUCUCUGUGGCUCGCCCGUCCGCGGGAAUAAUGUUGACUAGUAAUUUAGAUGGGAGAUGUGGAUCUUGUGGUUCUUGCCCUAUUGAUGACUGAGUUUGUUGUUUUAAAGCUUGGAAGCAGCAUCAGUGGGAGUUGAUGGUGAUUUAUUUCAAAUGUAACAUUUGGCUCCUGCAAUUGUAAUAGUGGAAGUGCAUGCCCUUGACUGCCUGUAUAAUUGCUCCCCCCCUUGUAUAAUUUGUAGCAUUUUUAGUUGUAAGUGAUUGUUUUUCAACAGUUUAGCUUAAUAUAAAUUCAAGAAUUGGUUGAUUGUA